UUAACACUACGUUUUAGUCGACGGUCUAAAAUGGAACAAUUCAGUUUCAAAGAACGGAUUAUAUUUGCAUUAGUGUUAUGUUUUGUCGAAACUGUGAGUGGGCAAUCAUUCCCCUGUGUCCUUAGGGAAACGAAAUAUGGCAGCGUCUGCGUAUGCAAUGCAACCUAUUGUGAUUAUUUGGAAGAUCCAACACCAGUAGACGAUCAUGAAUUCGUGGUAGUCUCAUCCUCAAAGGCUGGUCUUCGUUUCGACACAACACAUGGACUUUUCAAUUUGUUCAAGAAACAUUUCAUAUUCGAUUAUGAUAUGCGUGUAUCACAAGCGCAAAAACAGCCAGAAUUCAGUUCUGAUCGUGUGAAUGAUAAGCGUUAUGUACAUUUGGAGAUAAAUCGUGAAAAACACUUUCAAAAAAUCACCGGUUUUGGUGGCUCACAUACGGGCGCCGUAACAUAUCUUACAGACCAACUGCCGCCAACUUUACAAGAUCAUUUAUAUGAAUCUUUCUAUGCUGAACGUGGCAUUGGCUUCAAUUUGAUGCGCAUACCUCUUGGUGGUUGCGAUUUUGAUUUAAGCCCUUGGGCUUACAAUGAAUAUCCUGAAAAUGAUGCCGAACUUACUAAUUUUACUAUAGAUGCUAGAGAUGAGUUACGUGUUGCUCAGAUUAGACGUUUAAUAGAAGUUUCAAAAGUAAAAAAUUUACGCAUCAAAGGUGCAGCCUGGAGUUCACCACGUUGGAUGAAAUCAAAUAAUGCAUGGACUGGUUUUAGCCACCUGAAAAAGGAAUACUAUGAGACUUGGGUAAAUUAUCAUAUUAAAUGGAUUGAAAUGAUGGAGGAACAGGGCUUACCUAUUUGGGCUAUAUCAACUGGCAACGAACCAAUGAAUGGUGUUUUCUUUAUGUAUUUCGUCAGAUUCAUGAGUUUGGGAUGGACACCAAAAAAUCAGGCAAUAUGGUUAAACGACUAUCUGGGUCCAGCAAUACGUAAUUCCAAGUAUAAGGAUUUAGUUUUAUUUGGUAAUGAUGAUCAGCGUUAUACCUAUCCGUACUGGUUCAAAAUGAUGAAUUCUACGCGUGAAAAUAGUCUCGAUUAUCUUGAUGGGCUUGCUGUGCAUUGGUACUGGGAUGAAAUGGUUGGACCAAGUCUAAUGGAUGAUGCUCUCAAGAUGAUGCCUGAUAAAAUUUUACUAACUACCGAAUCUUGCAUUGGUGACAAACCAUGGCAAAAAGCAGCACCACUCUUAGGAUCAUGGUAUCGUGGAGAAAAAUAUGCACGUGCAUAUUUGCAGGACUUACAACAUGGUUUUAAUGGUUGGAUUGAUUGGAAUAUAAUAUUAGACGAAGCAGGUGGACCUAAUUAUGUUAACAAUACUGUUGAUGCCCCUGUUAUAGCCAAUACUACAGAUUUUCAGGAAUUUUAUAAACAACCCAUGUUUUAUACCAUUGGACAUUUCUCCAAGUUUAUUCCAGAAGGUUCUAUACGUAUAGAAUCAAAACGUAGUAAUGUUAAUGUUGACGAAAUAGCAUUUUUGAGACCCGAUGGUACUGUUUGUGUUGUCAUUUUUAAUAGUGGCAAAGCAAAUGUCGAAGUCAGUGUUGUUGAUAGCGAACAUGGUAGUAUUGUGCUGGACUUACCUCCAAAAUCCAUACAUACUCUACUUUAUACGUAGUGGUAUUUAGUAUUUAAUGUGUUAUACUG